AUGAUAUAGUUGCGGGAAAUGAUGAGAGAUUAACUCCAAUACUCAAAAAUGCUUUAUCUAAACGACAAGAUAUUCCAUUCAUGGCCAUUGAGAAUGAAGGAUCAACAGAAGGGAUAAAUGGAAUGUACUAUGUAUUGCAUCUUUAUGGUCACCUUAUUAAUGGCCAAAAGGCACUAGUAACUCUUAUGGACAUUCAGGUUUUCUUUGACAUUUACGUAUCAGACAUUGAGACUCCAGAUAAAUGUAAAGAAAAGGUGAGCGAAAUUCUCACUGACAUUGUGAAAUCAUAUAAAAUAGAACACAUUAAAGCAUUCCCUUUCCAGGAUUAUCAUACCGAAAAAAAUAAUAACUUCAAAACUGCUUCAGAUGAUUUAUACUCAUUUCACCGUAAGGUAGCCCGAGAGAAUGGUAUUCAACUCUCUGGAUGGUCUACAAUAAACAAAUAUAUUUACAAGCAAGGCAAAGGGACCAGCCCGCUUUCUCUCUUACGAGAUCGUACUCUUGUCCUCACUUGGGAUAUAGAGACGCAAUCACAAGAAUUGGGUGAAUUUGCUGAA